AUGUCACUUGCAAGAAUUAUCUAUAUUGCUCGUAACCCCAAAGACACAGCAGUAUCGCUAUACUAUAUGAUGAAACUUAUGCCUGUGUUUGGAAAUUACAUUAAGUCUUGGAACCAUUCUUAUCAGUUAUUUUUCAGUGGUAAAGUUGGAUUUGGUGAUUGGUUUGAUCAUGUGUUGGAUUGGAAUAAACAUAACGAGGAAGACAAUAUAAUAUUUGUAAAGUAUGAAGACAUGAAGAAGGAUAUCAGGGCUACCAUAAAGAAGAUUGCUCUGUUCUUAGAUAUUGAAGUGACAGAUGAUGUCAUGCAAAGAAUUGUGGAAUACUCUUCCAUCAAGAAAAUGAGAGAAAACAAGGCAGUAAACCUAAUGAAAGGAAACGUGGACAACCAUACUGUAAGCUUUAUCCGCAAAGGAAUCGUCGGUGACUGGGUGAAUCAUUUCACUGUGGCUCAAGACGCACAUUUUGAGAAGAUGUAUGAAAAACGUAUGAAAGGCUCGGGUUUAGUUUUUGACUUUUACUAA